GACAUUUCGAAAAAAUUCCAAUCAAGUGUUGAUAAUUAACGAGUUUUUUUCGAGAGAUUUCUUAUUUCCAGCGACCUAUUCCAGUGAUUUCAGUGACCCUCGUCAUUUACCGCUCUUUUAUUCUCAUGUCAGUCUCUCAAAUACCGCAUCGUGUAUUUCUUGAAGCGAACACGUGCACUUAUAUAACCUCUAACCGUCUAUCAAGUCGAGUCGAUUUUAUAUAUAUACCUUUCCUGAACUUUGCCGGUGCUUUUGGGUUCAUUCUCUUUCCUAUCUUAUCGCAUCCCACUACGGUAUGCGAUAACUUCUUUUGGCCGAAUCGAUUCUCACGAUCAGUACGAGGUUUGAUACUGACAAUGAAAUAGAAUAUCCCCUGGAAGCAAAAGAAGAAGAGGAUACCAUGACUUGUCUGGGAAAACUAGUAUUUGCGGACAAAUAUAGCAGACAAUCAUCGACUGCAAAUGAUUCAUCUGAGGGACAAGUUAAUUCUCUGUCACUUGCGUAUGAAGAUCUUUUCACAGUACCUUAUAACAUCAUACGAGAUUUCAGUUUUACUCUAUGUCACUUAGAUAUUAGUCACAAUCUGUUUAGCAGGAAUUUACAGUUUUUGUCAGAGUUUGAGAAUUUAACAUCUCUCAAUUUAGAUCACAAUAUGAUAGAUGAUGUUACUGUGUUCCCAUACAUGCCAAAUCUUGAGCUUCUUUGGCUGAAUCAUAACCGCAUAAUAAACUUGUUUCCCUUUAUUAAGAAUCUCUAUUCUAGUGUACCAAACCUCAAAUAUUUAUGUCUCAUGGGAAAUAUGGCAGCGCCUAGUUAUCUUAAUGGUGGAUCUUUCUAUGAAUAUCUUAAUUACAGGAUGUUUGUAUUAUCUUGGUUUCCAUACUUGAUACACUUGGAUGAUAGGCUAGUGACUGAGGAGCAGCGAGUAGAGGCUAAAAGACUUUACAAACGACCAAUACUUGAAAAUAUUUUUACACUGCCAGAACGCAUGAAGGAUAUACAUUUUCGUAUGGCAUUUCCUAAGCUAUUACCACUUGACGGACAAAGAAAGCCAAGAGAAUCAAAUUCUAUUAUUUAAACAGUAUUGAAGCGCAACUAAAAAAUUCCUAAUCAUGAUGUUCCUUCACAAAAGAAAUGAGAUUAAUUUUUGUAUCCAUUAGAAACAUGUACUAUGAAAACAAUACAUGGAGCAAUGUUUAUAGUAAUAUAUAUAUAUAUAUAUAUACAUAUAUAUAAUGACAUAACAUAUAAGGGGGUAGUUUAAUAACCACUUUUACUAAUUCUGCAGGGUGCAGUUAUACGAACAAAA